UGGAACCCGCCCGUGGGUGAAUUCCCGGGCUCCUGCUUUAUAAGCAGGUGGAGGUGCGGCAGGGCUGGCAGGAGCAGCAGGCACAGCCAGGCACUCACUGGAGCACAGCUGUGUGUGCAGAGGGAAUGAGCGGCUGCAGCAGCAAGAGCAUGGUCCUGGUGUCCCUGCUGGGGCUCCUGGCGCUGCUCCUGUGUGGCACCUCAGAAGCACAAAGCAACCAGGACUGCUGCCUGUCCUACACCAAAGUGCGUCUGCCUAAGUGGGUCCUGAAGGGUUACACUGAACAGCUCCCCAGUGAGGUCUGCGACAUCCCUGCCAUCAUUUUCCACACUGCCAGUGGGCUGAAUGCCUGUGUAAAUCCUAAGGAAGGCUGGGUGAAGAAACAUCUCCUUUUCCUGAGCCACAGGCUCAGGAGGAUGUCAGCCUGAUGCAGUUUCCAGCAAGGAGCUAAACACCGACAUGGCUGAAGAAGCACAGGGCAGAGGCUCCUGGCUGAGGUGGUUUGUACAGUGCUGUGUGCUCACCCACUGCCAACUCUGGCUUCUUCGGAAUCAUGAACUUCUUGAGUUGAUUCAUAUUGCAUCGCUGUUUUUGCU